AAAAAAAAGGAACGCUUUUAUGCUCUCUGUUGUUUUUGCUUUUCUUCUCUCAAAUGUUUUUCAGUGAAGACGUCAACAAGGAAAAAAAUUCCCUACAGAAAACCAUAAAAAUUGGAUUGAGGAAUUUUAGUUCUUCGGAAGGAUUAGGGUUUUUUUUUUCCUCAGGUGGGAACAAUGUCGAUUGCAGGGCAACUGAACGUGAACGAAUCCCAUUCUUGGGGAUCCAGAAGUGUGGAUUGCUUCGAGAAGUUGGAGCAAAUUGGCGAGGGCACAUACGGUCAAGUUUACAUGGCUAAAGAGAUCAAAACUGGUGAAAUUGAUGCUCUGAAGAAAAUUCGAAUGGACAAUGAGAGAGAAGGGUUUCCUAUAACUGCUAUACGAGAAAUCAAAAUUCUUAAGAAACUACACCAUGAAAAUGUGAUCAAGCUAAAAGAAAUUGUCACUUCUCCAGGCCCUGAGAAAGAUGAACAAGGGAGGCCAGAUGGUAACAAAUAUAAAGGGGGCGUCUAUAUGGUCUUCGAAUACAUGGACCAUGAUUUGACUGGUCUUGCUGACUGUCCUGGGAUGAGAUUCACAGUUCCCCAAAUUAAGUGUUACAUGAGACAGCUGUUGACGGGGCUUCAUUAUUGUCAUGUAAAUCAAGUACUUCAUCGAGAUAUUAAAGGCUCAAAUCUCCUUAUGGACAAUGAAGGAAAUCUGAAGCUUGCAGAUUUCGGACUGGCAUGGUCAUUUUCUAAUGAUCACAAUGCAAAUCUUACAAACCGUGUCAUUACAUUAUGGUACAAAGAACCUGAGUUGCUGCUAGGGACAACAAAGUAUGGGCCAGCUGUAGAUAUGUGGUCUGUUGGGUGCUUUUUUGCCGAACUUCUUCAUGGGAAGCCUAUCUUUCCUGGAAAAGAUGAGCCUGAACAACUAAAUAAAAUAUUUGAGCUGUGUGGAGCACCGGAUGAGGUGAACUGGCCUGGGGUUUCCAAGACUCCUUGGUAUAAUCAAUUUAAACCAACAAGGCCAAUGAAAAGACGUUUGAGGGAAGUUUUCAGACAUACCAUAAACCUACAUGGGAAGUCGGGGCUCCAAUUAAUUUCGCUGUUGCAAGAAAAUGUCUCUGAAAACCAAGAACAACUGCUGGAUCUUGGACUCGGAGAGCUGAAUCUCCUGUCGGGGUGUUCCAUCCUUAGAGAGCGAGACCAAGAGCAGCACUUUGGGAUCAGUGUAAUCGGACCCCAAUAUAAAAGAACAAAAGAAAUAGAAAACAAUUAGUUCAUGUAUAUUUACUCAAAGCACAUCGAGUAAAAUAUUAAGAAAACACAAAGGAUCAAUAAGCAUAACCAUAUGCCAAAAGAAUUGCAACUAAAAUAAUAGUAUAUCCAUAUAGAUUUAAAAGAAGAUGGAAAGGAACCUAUAAAACAAAUUAAUGGUAACAAUGACAGUAACCAAAAAUUACACGCUCAACACGUCACAGAUGGAAAAACACUCAACCUAACCCAAAGAUUCUCAUCAAGUCAGUUCAGAUUUAAAAAAUAUUAUUUCUUCUCUUUUUUUCAAACGAAGCAACAAGGCAUUUUUAAGAUAAAAUCCUUAAGCAAAGCAAAGCUAAAGUCAUUUAUCCACAACAUAAUGAUACAGAUCUGUCAUGACAUCAAUUUUUUCUUUCUUAGGUUACGAUAACGACACAGAUUUGAAUAGAUCACAUAAACAGCUAAAAUCAAGACCUCUGACAAACCCCAUUAUUAGAAUUCGAAAGGGAGAUACCGAACAAUGUCUCCAAAAUAAUAAGAGUUAUUGAAUAUCAGUGAAUAAUUUAUUGGAAAUAUAAGUUCAAGAGAAGUCAUGUGAAAAUUCAAAUCAAUAUUUUAAAACAUGUUGAAAACACAUUGAAAAAUAUAACAGUGAAGUCACUCUCAAAAUUAAAAGAAUAUAAAAUCACAAAUAGGAAAAAAUAAAAUCAAUAAGACAAUAACCCAUCAAUAAAAUGCCAGUUUAAAAAGGACAGGAAAAAGACCGAAACAAAAAGGGUUGCAAGAACGAAAGCAGUACAGUUAGGGAUUGCGAGAGGUUAGAGUUCCACAAACCUAAAUGGAAAGUUGGAGGUACAAUCAAUUUCGCUGUUACAAUAAAACAUCUCUGAUAACCGAGAAGAACUGCUGGAUCUUGGACUCUGAGAGGUGAACCUCCCUGUCGGGAUACCCACAAACUCAGUCAAUAAUUUAUUGAAAAUAUAAGCUGUAGAGAAGUUAUACGAAAAUUAAAAUCAAGAAUUUAAAACACAAUGAGAAUACAUUGAAAAAUAUGAUAGUAAAUAUCUCUCUCAAUUUGGAUGUUGCAAAAAAGUGUACCUGGAACAUAAUCAUAUAUUAAAAAUGAUUGCAACGAAAAUAACACUAAAUUCACAUAGAUUUAGAACACAAAGAAAAGCCACCCAUAAAUCAAAUGGAUAAUAACAGUGACACGAACCCAAAAUUACACUGUUAACACGUCACAGACAACAAAACAGUAAAUUUAAUCCAAAAUUUCUCGUCAAAUCAGUUCGGAAUUCAAGAACAUUAAUCUUCGUUUUUUUAACGCAACCAGCAAUAUAUUUUUAUUUUUUAGAAAAAAAUCCUUAAGCAAAGCAAAGCUAAAGUCAAUUAUACACAAGGUAAUGACAUAGAUCUAUCAUGACAUCAAUUUCCUUUAUCUCACGUUAUGAUAAUGAUACACAUGAACUAAGAGAUCACAC